CACUCAGUUGCCGCUUAAGCGUUCAACCGGACGGUCGUGUUGUUUUUUCGUAGCUUCGUUCGCGAGAUUCUGCAGUGCUGGAAUCGCAGAUUGUUUUGCUUACCCUUACCCCUAAGCUUACCCUUGUGGUUGUGUAUGUGCAUUCGAAUGAUGUGAAGUAUCGUCAAGAAAAAGCAGUAAACAGAGGCAAAACAAGUGAUCUAAGCCACAGAGUGAAUCAUCCAGCGGUUAAAAGUGUUGAGUAAACAUUUCGGUUCUUGUUGCGCAUGGGCGUUAGUUCUUGGUGGUGAAUUACGAAGGGAAAAGCCGUUUCCUUAAAGCAUCCAGAUGUCACCCUGCCUACGAGAAUAUCGAUAUUUAAGCGUUUUUAACUUUCCAGAAACUAGCAAUCUUGGGUUUCAAAAUGGCGUCGGAAUUUAAUUUUCGGUUUGAGGGCGUCGGGCAUCAAUUCUUAGUUUCAGGCGCUUUACAACCGGACGUCAGUUUUAUUGUAUUUUUUGCAAGCAACCAGUUGACAACGAAAACUUGCCACCCAACUUGGCAGAUGCCGAUAUCUUCGGCCCUUUUUCGCCAUGGACGUCUCCCAGUCAUCCGCAUCCUCAUCACCGUCUCGACGCAGCAGUAUACCGAUUCCGAAGCGUAAAAGUUCGCUCCACCUGUACAUAGCGAACAGCAUCGGUCCGGCAGGUCAGUCUGGACCCGGUUCUCGGUCACCGUCGCUGUCGUCUGCCUCGUCGACCCACGAGGAGCAACACCAGAGCAACUAUCAACUGGGCCGCCUGAUGAUGGAGUGCGACGGUUUAUCGCCGAGCAACUCGGCUUCGUCCUCCCGGUCCGCGACGGCCAUGGGUAUGCACAGUUCACUGUAUGUGCCCCGCGGUGCAGGCAGUAGUGGCACCCACUCGGUAGCCGAGAUCGGCUCCAACGAUUAUUUGCAGCUACGUGAGAAUCACAACCGGCUGAUCAACAAGUGCGAAGAAAUAACGAAACAAAAUCAAAAUCUCGAAAGUACUAACCAGCUGCUGAAGAAGAGCAUCAAGGCCUUGCAAGGCGAUGUAGGCAUUCUGAAAAAGGAACGCAUCGAAUUCGUCGACAAAAAUCGCAAGUUGAAGAAAAAAUUAGCCGAAAUUGUUCCGAAUGCUUGUGGAGGAAGCAGCAGCGACGAAGAGGAGACUUUGGAGAAGCUUACCAAAUCGGCGAAUCAGCGGGAGGACGAUACGGCACCUUCUAGAGGCACCGAGGUGGAUAAUCUGCUGAAUGAAAUGGAAAAGCUGAAGUCCUACCUGAACAACGUUGAGCUGCAGUUGUACGAAGCGAACGAGAAAAUCUCCGAGCUGCAAGAGAGUAAGCAACAAACGGAGGAAACUAACGAGAAGUUGCGUACGGAGAACGCUGAACUCAGCAAAAUCGCGCGACUCAUGUCGGUCAACAUGCUGGAAUCGAUCGAUACAAGUAAAAGGUUGGAGAAUUCCUACAUUCAGGUGCGACGGGAGCGGGACCAGCUGGUCCGCCAGAAUCGCGAUUCAGUCGACUCGAAAACCGGACCGAACGAGGAGAUUCAGAAGAUUCGUUCAGAGAUGGAGCUCAAACGAAAAACGUUUGAAGCGCAGUUUAUAGAAUAUAAAUCACUAAUGGAGCAGGAGCUUUCUCGCAACACCAAUGAGCAAAUUGUAACGCUGCAGCUGGAGGUGGAUAGGUUAAAACAAGAUCUCGCCGAAACGCUUAACCGUGCCGAACGGGCCGAGGAGGAGGCCCGCGAGUUGCGAAGUAUGCUCCGGGCGAGCCAACUACAGGAUCGCCAAUUUUACUCCCAGCUAGACUUGGAUAAAUUAAUUCUCCAUGAUGGUGAUGGUGACAAUGACUCGCUGCUAUCCGGUGUCAGUGGCGGACCGACGGGGCCGCCUCCACCUGCUCCUCCUCCUCCUCCACCUCCACCGCCGCCACUAGCGUCCGUGAUGUCCGGGGCUGGACGUGGUGGCGCUACAGGGCUAAGCGAAGCAAUUUCGAUGCAAAAAUCAAAUCAUGUGGCAAUAAAGCCCGCACAUAGCAGACAGCAGCAAGCAACAGGUCUAGAUUCCGUGAUUGCCGACAUCAAAAGCGGCCGAGUGACGUUACGACGUCGCAACAAACCGAAUGUGCUGAACGAGCUGCAGCAAAGUGCAGGCGUCACCAGCGGUGAAUCCAGUUUGAAUACCGACUUCAGCGCCGAUGCUGGUAGUAGUAACACCACCACCACCACCAGCAACAACAACAGUGGCAGUAGUAUCAACAACAAUCGUCGCAGCCAGCAGAGCUACAGUCAACUGGCUGCGAAAAAUCCCGCCCUGCGAGAAAUGUACGAAAUACUCGAACGUAUGAAGCGACGGAAUCGGAAGUCGAAGGUUAUUUUCGAAUCCGACCUAGUGCCGGCGGCUGGGAAAUCUAGCGAGGAGGAAGAGGAUCGAGGUGCUGCGGCGACUGCUGCUCCUGCUGCAGCCUGUGAUGGUACGGAUGCGGGACGAAGUCGGAGCCGAACUGUGAUUACCGGUGUGGUGAAUGUUUGACCUUUGACCAACGUUGAAUUUUAUUUUCUCAAUCUACUUCAAACUACUUAAAACGUGAUUUAACUUAACGUAAUGCAUUUCGUAUAAUACACUACUACCACUGCUUAAUUCGGGGGUAGUACGGUUUUAAUAGUUAUUAUAAUAAAAUUUAAAAACUUGUUUUUAUUAUUUUGUAUUAAUUGUUUAGUUCAAUAGACAAUAUCUACCAAUCAAAAUGAGUUUUACUGAAAAAUCACAGGAAGGUUG